AUGGCAUCUAAAGACUUCCCUCCACCCACAACCUAUGCACCACCGGAGGUGCCAACAGGAUUAAACUUUUUUCUGACAAUCCCGUAUGCUUUCUUCAUUCCAGAGCUGUUGUUUGGAUGCUGGGUCUGGAUUCUGGUAGCUGCCACUCAAGUGUAUUACCCUUUGUUGCAAGGAUGGGUUAUGUACGUGUCCGUCACUUCAUUCCUCAUCUCCCUGAUGUUCCUGUUGUCUUACUUACUAGGAUUUUAUAAAAAGUAUGAAUCCUGGAGAGUCCUGGAUAGCCUUUAUCAUGGAACUACUGGAAUUUUAUACAUGAGUGCUGCCGUUUUACAAGCAAAUGCAACAAUUCGCACAGAGACAGAAAGACAAGAGAAACUCUAUUACGAAAUAAAUACUGCUGCCACGUUCUUUGCUUUUAUUACCACCUUUAUGUACAUCCUCCAUGCCUUCAGCAUCUACUACCAUUGAAGUAGAGUAUCAAGACCACAAGACAGAGAGGAAUCCUGAUGUCCCGGCAUGACAAACAUCCAAAACCUGGACUGAGAAACAGUUGGCCCACAUUUUCAGACUGUGUUAAAACAAAAGUACUUUUGGAAACUUGUCUUUGAAAUUUUAAUUUGUCUAGAGUUUUUUGUAUAUCAGAUGCAACUGUAUUGUAUAUAUAUAUUUUAAAGGCAUAUUUUCCAGUUUGCCUGGAAAAUAACUCAUUUUAGGAAUUCUUUACCAAUGAAUAAAGCCAGUGAGGUGCAUUUGUAGUUCUUCAUGUGAAAGGGUAAGCCUCAGAGAUAUCACUCCCUCAUCAAUGAUCCAGCAACAGGAUUAUUCGUGCUUUAAAUAGUGUUAAUGAUCAAUUCA